UGUAGAUGCACCCUCAUCAGCCUCUGCCACUGAUCUUUAUCCACUCCGGGAACAAAACCAAAAAUGUCUCGUUCUCUUCGGAUGACAAUAUUGAUUUUCUUUACUGGGCAAUUUGUUAAGGAGAGGUCCAUGCGGAAAAGGGGAAAAGGGGAUUUAAAUAUGUUGUCUUGGUGAUGAAUCUGACUGUUUGCUGCUCCUUUUGUGGCGGAAGGAGAUGCGUUUGCCAUCUGCUGGGAAUGAUUGAUCGCUUUGCCUGAAUAAUAAUAAGAGCUCGGGGGGGGGGGGGGGGCUGCAUAUUAAAGAGCUGCUAAUUUAUUGCGGCUCCAACCAAAGAAAGAGAAGCAGCAGCACCUUCAACUGAGAACGAUGCCUUGGGCUCUCCAGGUUUUGGACAAGACCGGCUUCGGGCACAAUGAGAAGCCUGUGCAAAUGUGACAAUUGUCAGGGGUUAAAAACAAGGGUCCUGAUCCUAAAAUCCUAGGAUGGGAUUAAGGUUGGAGUUCGAUGCAAAGAGAGUAAUAUGGUGUUAAGAGGCAAAAAGUGGUUUUAUUCUAAGUAACAGGACAGCACAUCCAUGUCCAUCCAUCCGUUCAUUUAAGGGAUUUAUACCCUACCUUUCUCCCAAAAUGGGAUUUUGCACCUGGAAAUGGACAUGGAGGGUGGAAAACCAAACAAUUGUUAAUACGUUAAUUGUUUUAAGCAAUCCGUUAACUACAUCAGGAACAGGCAUCUGCCUUGGCCAGGUUUCUUGGUCGUUGUGGGCCUUUGUUUCUGGCUGAUGGCGACCCAAAGGCAAACCUGUCAUGGGGUUUUCUUGGCAAGGUUUGUCCAUCUUGGCCCCCUCCCCAAAUUAUUCCCUGGGCUUUAUCUCAGUCCCUUUUGGAGGGAAAUCGAAGGAAACGCCAGCAACCAGCUCUUGAGAAAUUAUUUAUAGAGGCGCCUGGGUUUGCUCAGCUGGCAUUUUUGGAUGAACGUCCAAAGCCACAGAGGUCAAUGGGGUCUCUUUCUCACACAACAGUCAUGCACGGAUUAUCUAUGGAUCCUGUCCAUUGCAAGAUUCUCAAACUCAAGUGAGGCAGAAGUGCUAAAGGCUUCAGCUGAGCCGGAGGUAAAAGUAAAGGUUCAGCAUCUGAUGGAAGCAGUUGUAUGGAAGAUAACCAAGGUCCGGCAUAAAAACUCAGCAGCUGAAAUGAAAACCUGUGGGUUAAAGCUUGGCUGAAGAAGCUGGAGAUGUCUCUGGGCAGCUCCCUGGCCAGACUGGGGAGGUCAGCCGGCCAACUUGGCCCCCAGAUUGACCAUUGGCCCAUGUGUCCCCAAUAAGGCCACAAGGGCUGCUUCUGUGCAUGUAGAUCUACCACCCAGGAAUGGCCAGAGGGGGAUGGAGGGAUGAACGGACGGAUGGAUGGAUGGAGAGCUAUUUAUGGGCUGUGCUUGGCCAGUGUGCCUUCUUUGGGAAGCUGAAUGGAAGUGCUGACAGGGCAGGAGCAAAGCCACUCUGGCCUCCAUGCGCGGCCGGACAGGCAGCAAAAGCGCACACUAGUUGAGAGAGGAGAGGCAGAUGACCACUAACCACCCUUUUCUCCUCCCAGGACACAGCCGGACAUCUGCUUCGAAGGCCAGAGGAAACCCAGAGGAGGAAAGAUCUGAAGGAAGUUGCUUCAAGCAAUAAGAAGGAACAAGUCUACAGUGAGUCACUGAUGGAAACCUAGCCAAGGCUGGUCUCCAAAAGCGGCCAAGUCCUUUGCAAGGAGAACUCACUCUGCAUCCCAUUCACCUUCCAUCCGUUUGCACCAUGCUGAGUUUGAAGCUGCCACGUCUUCUCAAUAUUAACCAAGUCCCCAAAGUUUUCCGAGAGCAGGGCAUCCUUUUCGGGUACCGACACCCAAAGAGCUCCGCCACAGAUUGCCUCAUCAGCGUCUUCCAAAUGACCAAUGAAACCAUGAACAUCUGGACUCAUUUCUUGCCCUCCUGGUACUUCCUAUGGAAGCUGUUGACCUUCCUCUAUGGCUGGGAUGCCUGGAGUGACCGCUACACCUGGCCCUUCGUGGCCUACCUGGCCACCUGCUGCGUCUACCCACUGGCGUCCAGCUUCGCCCACACCUUCAGCACCAUGUCCAGCCGCGCCAGGCACAUCUGCUAUUUCUUCGAUUACGGCGCCCUUGCCGCCUACAGCCUCGGCUCUGCCGUGGCUUACUCUGCCUACGUUUUCCCAAACGAAUGGGUUGGCAGCACGUUCCACCGCUACUACCUCUCCGUCGCUGUCCUGAACACAAUUUUUAGCACAAGCCUCUCCUGCUAUUCCAGGUUUGUUGAAAUGGAGCACCUGAAGCUCAGCAAAGCGAUGCGCACAUUAGCCUUUGCGUAUCCCUACAUGUUCGACAGCAUACCUCUCUUCUACAGGUUGCACUUGUGCGAGGCGAGCGGCUGCCAUGAAAGCGUGGUCCCUGUCCACUACAAGCACACUGCCCUGGCCUUGCUCACCUGCUUCCUUUUCGCGACACACUUGCCGGAGCGUCUUGCACCCGGGCUCUUCGACUACAUAGGGCACAGCCACCAGCUCUUCCACAUUUGUGGGAUCAUUGGCACCCACUUCCAAAUGGAGGCCCUUCUGACAGACAUGUCCCAGCGGCGCGAGUGGCUCCUGGCUGCCUUACCGGCCCCUUCCUUCUCUCAGACCAUUGGGCCGGUUGUGGCGUCCACUGUGGUCAACCUCCUCAUCAUCGCCGCUUUCACCACGACGCUUUAUUCCAUGCCAAAGUUCUCCAGGAGGAAAAGCAAACGCCGGAGCGACUGACGCUUGCUUUGGACAUUAUUUUUGCAAGCCGAACUAUAUAUGGACAUUAACAGAAUGGAGCUGCUGUAUUCCCUGCUUGGAAGGAUUUGGGGCCAUAGCUGAGAAAUGACUUAAAGGGACCUUUUAAAAAUUAAUUAAUUCCACUUUUGUCUCGCACUUUUUAAAAAGUUGGAAGUUGCACUUGAUUGUGGAGUGGCUCUGAAGUGACAAGCUGACCGUUCGAAUGCCUUCUCCUAAAGCCGGAGGACUCUGUGAGGACUCUGAGUAACUCCAAGCACUGAAUUUUGCAACUGUAGUAGUCAAGUUGCACAAGGUUAUGAUAAGGGUGACUAUUUAUCUAGAUAUCCUGGUUUGCACUGUGGAAACAUUAAUCCCUUUCCAUGUCAAAGAGGCCUUAAAGUAAUUUUAUGCAACUUAUAUAUACUUUGAACUAGAAACAGGAUUGUGAAGUAUAACUAGCUAUAAGCGUAUAUGCACCAAUAUUUCACAGAAUAAAACUGAGAUAUGCAUGUAGAAGACACAUCGGAGUCUGGUCAAGAUGGCAACGGUUAUUAAUGAGCUUGCAGCACUUUGCUUUUGCCUGAUUCUGUUGGAAAGAGCGAGAUCCUUCUCCUUCCUCUCUUCUCCUCUGAGUUUUCUGAAUGCAAACUGUUUUUACACUUUGAAUUUGGUUUGCAGCAACUGAAAUAGGAUGAGGACAAAGGGGUCAGAGAGGAGAGAGAAAGGGGGCCAUUUUAAAAGCAGCUGGAAAAGUGGGAUGGCAGAGGGCAGAAUUGGAAUUGGUGCUGCCAAACCAAAGCACUUAUAGAGCGUAUGGUGGAAGCUGUCUAUCGCACAGUGAUGAUGAUGAUAAUGAUGAUGAUGCACAGACUUUUGCAAUUCAAACAUUUGCAAACCAUUGUCAAGGUUUCUUCCAAAUCGUUUCUCUACAUUUAUAUUUUUAUAAACAGCCUCUGCCGAGGUUUAUUGCAUUACAGGCACUUUGGGGGUUCAAUAAAUG